CAUAACAGUCAUGCGGCGGUCGCUGCCGCGCCGCCUCCUCUCGACCGACGUCGGGGUCGCGCCACCACCGCACCUCGAGCAAGAGACGGUCUUGCCGCGCAAGCCAAAACCGCAGCCGUCCAAGCCAUCGACAGCCCGCUACCAAGUUCUGCGCGCCGAGGCCACCUUGGCCAAUACAGGCCACGUGUACGCGGAAGGGUGCUUGCCCGGUGUCUACUUUUACAAGUACCUCGCGUCGAUCGCCGAGCCGAGCAGCCAUGGCGACGACGUGCCAGCGCUGCCGCCGCCGUCGCACCUCCAGCUGCGGUGCUGGAUUCCCGACACCAUCAUCUUUGGCGGCGCGUUCCCGCCCAUGUGGCUCUACAGCGACAAGAGUGGCAUGAUUCGCAAGAGCAUUGCGUUUGUCGACAACCAAGUCAUGGACAAGCUCGGGAAUCGGCGGUUCGAGAACGACCCAGUCGUGCUCUUUAAAGAGCCCGUCGUGACCAAAGCCGGCAUUGGGCACGUCGUCUCGGGCAACCACGUCAAGCUCCUCUCGACGAUCGAGCUCCGGUCGGCGCUCACAAAAGCCGUGGGGUCACCCGUGACGUUUGCGCUACAAAAGUACGUCAAGCCCCGCGGCCCCAAAGCCUUUCUGGUCCGCGCCAUCUACAAGGCAGGCAAAGCGCCGACAGGCUGGAUGAUCAACAACAAGGCGCCUUUCGAGGCAAAGGACGGCAACGCGACGCCCGACGUCCGGCGGUUCUGCGCGUCGACCGGCGUAUACGACGCGUGCUCGUUCGUCAAGCUCUCGGAGCGCGCGUGCACCGAUGUGUACGACAUCAACCUACGGAUUAUCAAGUACCUCGAGCAAGCUCUUCGGGUCGCGCUGGAGCUCUUUGCCGCAGACUUUAUCAAGGAUGAUUUCGGCCAAUGGUGGCUCAUCCAAGUCAAGGCCUUUCAGCUCAAGCACGUGCGGCUCGGGCGGCCGCACGCGUUUGCGCCCAAGCUCAUGGCUGCGUACGAGCGGUCGCUGGUUGCGGACGACGUCCACGACGACGAUGACGCGUCGCGUGUCGACGCCAAGGCCGCGCUCGAGGCCGAGAACGCCAAGGUCCACAAGAUGUUUCCGUGCAAAUUCUGUCAAGUGCCGCAUUUUCCGUCCGAACUCGCGUACAAGAUGACGAUGAAGAUGAUGCACGAGACGAUCGCGCGGCUGAGUCUCCGCGCGGGCAGCGACCAGCUGCACGCGUACCUCUCAGAGCCCAAGUACGACCUUGAUGCUGGCCUUUUCUACCAAACGUGGAACGUCUGCAACCUCUGUUAUGCGCUCUACGAGCGCGACCAGCUCCUCCUCCAGGUCGAAGCCAAAUUUUCAAUCAUGCUCGGGUGCCCCGCCAAGCACAUGGCGGGCGGCGGUGUCACGUACAUCACCGAGCACGACGUGUGCAAGUCGCAGCCACUUCUGACCGACAUGCCGACAGAGCUCACGCUGUGCCGGCUCAUGUUCUUCUUGACAGCGCUCUAUGACAUUCCAAAGGAGCUGUACGAGUCGGAGCGCGCGCUCGCGGCCGACCCCAAGCCGAAGCGGUCGCGGCUCUAUUUGCGCUUCUCGGUGCUCGGCUAUGACAAUUUCAUUCCGCUCGACGCGCAAGCGAUGCGCAUGUCGCCGGCCAAAGACGACAAGUCGUCGUCAGCGCAAAGCUACUGGCUACCGCUCAACGUCAUGCGGUGCUUUCACUGCUUUGCCCCCAAGACGCCGCUCCAGUCAAAGUUGCGCGACAACUCGGGGCUCGGCAUCUACCUCGCCGACGAGUCGGCCGUCACGAUCGAGCUCAUUCGAACGUCCGACACGGCGCAUGUCCAUCAUGAGAAGCGCGAUCGGGUUCAGUGGAGCGCCAACAAGUGGGCGGCCCCCCACCCAAUAGGGCGUCGCAAGCCGGCGCUCACGGCCCCCCCCAACAAGUACAACGUCGUGCUCGGCGCCACCAGCGUCCAAAUGUUUCAGUUUCGGUCGUCGUACGUCACCAAGACGGACGUCUACGCCAGUCUCUCGAUGGGUGACCUCUUCAAUCUCAAAGGCAACGUCGGCUUGGAGCGGCUCCGCGUGAUCCCGACCCGCCACAUUCGCGCGCAGUACAAGCUGCGGCAGUACUGCGGCGUCUACGUGCCGGACACGUCGUUUUGUACCAACGACAAGCUUGCAACCGAGUGGAUGGACUCGAUUGCCGAUGCGUUCCAACCCUCGCAGCACGACGACGUGGUCGUGCCAAGAGCCGGCAUGGACCACUUUCUCAAGACACUCCAUGGCUCGUCGGCGUCCUUGGCAUCGAGCCAAGCGGACAGCGAGCUCGAGGACCUCGUCGAAGCAUCCGGUCGCCAGCCGCCGCCAUCAACCGCACCCGCACACACGUACAAGUCGCUGCAGCACCUCGUCCAGGGCGUAGCCGAUGCCUCGUUGGAUACGUCGGACGCAUCCGACGACGAUGACGCGUCGGACAGAGACAAUGACGAAGCCGGGCCGCGCGAGCGAUCGUUGAGUGCGUCCAGCUCGUCCUCGGGCCUCUCGACGUGGUGCAUCACCAUCAUGCUCCACCGCAUCCACAACUGGAGUCCGUCGCCAGGUCGACGAGGUUGGGAGGCGCAGUACACGUUUCUCGGCCAGGCUCGUCGGGCAGCGCAGAAGCUGGACGAUGACGAUAUUGCGCUCCAUGGGCAUGGCGACGACAUUGUGUUUGAUUCGACGCACAAGAAUUACAUCCAAGGCGGCCUCGCGGCCAUCCAGCGCUUGUACGAAGCCAACGACGGCCGCUGCCGCGUGUCGCUCAUCCACUCGGAUGACGACGAGCGUCCGUUCGUCGACGUCGAGCUCUCGGGCUUGAAAGAGUGUCGGACCAUCGAUGGGACCUUUACGAUUCAAACGCACGCCGGCCGCAUGGACCACGCGACCAAGUCGACGCAGUACCCUCCCUAUUUAUCCGUGUCCGUCUACGUCGUGCGCGUCGGCAGUGACGCCAAGAGCGAACGCGGCUUUGUCGCCAACGGAUCGACGCCCGAAGGCCUCGUGCUCCUGAAGCGACUGCCCUAAGUCAAUAAGGACGUCAUCAUCGAGACCCG